AUGGCUUCAUACCAUCUCCGCUCAGGCAGCCUGCUGCUUAUCAUGGCCGUCAUCCUGAUCGCGAUGCCCGGCAGAGCUGCAGCAUUCGGCGCCGGUAACAUCCCCUCCAUCGCCCAGGUAGAAGGUCACAACUGGCGCCAUGGCGAUAUCGAGGAUACGCUCAAGACGAUCGCUUUCCUCCACGGAAAGAAGUGGACCACGCUAAUGGUUCAGCGCACAUAUUUCGGGAAUUGGCUCCGCGACUACUCUCAGGCCAUCGACGUCGGGAGCGUGAAAGGAGUCAACGCCGCCACCAUCCGCGUUCUUAUCUGGGUCCUGUCGUUCCUCGCCAACGGCUACGCUACCGAGGAGUUCGAAGUCACGGAAGAGCGCCUCGGAGUUUACCGUCCGGAAGAACACAUCGACAACCCUCUCGGAUACGCCGACGGCCUGGACGCCAGGGCUUUCGAUAAGCGCCUGAGAGGGCCUGUCCUUCCCGUCGAGACCGAGAUCGACCCGCACACCGGCAUGAAGAACUACAUCGCCAACGAGCAGGGAAAUUGGGCAACUAGCGCCGGUUACCUCCGAUUUAGCUUCGGCCGAAGUGUUCACUUUGGUAGGCUAUACAGCCACGGCUCUCACGGCAAAGGGAAGGAAGAGGAUCUAUGCGAAGCCUUGAGAUGUCUAGGCCAGGCGCUUCACUGCAUGGAGGACUUUAGCGCUCACAGCAACUACUGCGAGCUGGCCCUCCGCGAACUCGGCUACCACGAGGUCUUUCCUCAUUGCGGAUCGAAUUCCGAGAUCAACCUGCGCGGCAAGCGAGUCUUCCCCUUAGUGACGGGUACCUUUGGCGGCGUCGACUUUCUACACUCCGUACUGGGAGAAGCCAACGACCACUUCACGCAAUCCGAGGUCGACCAGCUGGAUAUUGCCUUGAAGAACUCGGAGCAGCCUUCUGGGCCGUCGGGCGGUAGCGGCGCGCGGGGAUUCGGGGGCGGAUUCGGCGCGGGCGAUUUCAUCUCUCUCGUCGGCCAGCUGCCCGGCGUCGGAGGCGGAAUGGCUUCGGAGGCGCGCGAUCUGAAGAGGAUGGCCGACGACCAAGAGAGGCGGAACGAGCAGCAAUCGUACUCGGGCACGCGAGCUAACCCGAACAUCGUCCCCGGAAUGAGCGAGAACUUCGACCCCGUCAAGGUUUCCAAGCAGAUUUACCCCAUCUUAGAAUUCCGCGACAAGAUCGUAAAGUCGAUCAACAGAGGCAUUUCUAAAAUCCCCGGUCUGGAGAGCCUCCUCGAGCACAUCAGCGAGACGCUCACCGCGUUCGUCCUCGGCCUGCUAGCCCCGUUCGUCAGGCCUAUCAUAAACGCCGUCACCAAAGCGCUGAAAGACGGCUCUUCCGGCGUCAUCAGCGCCAGCGCCAACUCGCAGCUGGAGCCGUGGAAGAAUCCUCACUGUACCGACCCAACCCACUCUAUGCUUUCUAAAGACCACUUCACAAACGUUCUAAACCCGUGCGCCGGAAGAAUCGCCGCGACGAUCUUGCAAUACGUCGUUCCGCGAAUUCUCUACGCUUGGGACAAUCCUGGCGUGCCGGUAGACGAGGUCGUCAGCGACGUCUUACGCGCUUUCCACCACCCGGCCCUCCGAGACGAGCGCGUCGAGAUCCAGCGCGAGAUGUUUAAUACCGUGCGCAAGUGGGCCGACGAGCAUCCGCGCCGUCACGAUCUCAAUCGCGUGCUAGGCUCCGAUUCCGUACGGAACGGUAAGAACCACGUCUUAUCGGGGCAGAAGGGCCACUCGCACGGCGGCGGCAUCUUCGACGGGGGACUUAUGGAGCAGCUGGGCCACGGCAAGCCCUCCGGCUCGCUCUGGUCGCAGUGCGCCACGAGAGAUCUCAACGCCAUGGGCGCGGGAGAGACGCUGCGUCCGGGAUCGGGUUACGGAUCCAGCCGUCCGACAUCUUCGCAUUCUCAAGGACAUCCGGCGCCGAGCCCGGGUUACGGCUAUUCACCGCACCAGCCUCCUCAGCAGGGUUACGGCGGACAGCCUCAGCAUCAAAGCUACGGUCAACAAAAUUAUCCUCAGCAGGGCUACGGAGCACCGCCUCAGGGCGAAGCCGCCUCGUAUUACGGCGCAUCACAACCGUCACAGGGUUAUCCUGAUCAAGGAUACGGAGCACCACCCCCGCAAGGAUAUUCGUCUUACGGACAGCGGCAGUGGGGAGGUGGGUACGGAAACCCUCCCUACCACUAA